UGUCCAUCAAACGCGAAUACACGCACCCAGCAUCCGUCCUCCAUUCCCGUGCAGAUCCUUCUCCGCAGCAGUCUCUGCUGCUUUGGUUUGUCUCCCUCUUCAAUACAUGAGAGAGAGAGAGAGGGUGAUGGCGGCAAAACCAGCAACUACACCUUCCAUCGGCAACGGCUAUAAAAUUUCAAAAACAGCCUUAUUCGCUUCAACGCUGCUUGUUCUAGACGCCCUUCUCAUCUCUCUCAUCAUCGCAUACGUCCCAUAUACAAAGAUAGAUUGGGAUGCAUACAUGUCACAGGUGAGUGGGUUUCUUGAAGGAGAGAGGGAUUACGGGAAAUUGAAAGGAGAUACUGGGCCUUUGGUGUAUCCAGCUGGCUUUCUCUAUGUGUACUCAGCUAUUCAGUUUGUUACAGGAGGAGAGGUCUACCCAGCUCAGAUUCUUUUUGGAAUUCUGUACAUUGUAAAUCUGGGAAUCAUCUUGUUUAUCUACAUAAAGACCAAUGUGCUUCCAUGGUGGGCUCUUGUCUUGCUUUCUUUGUCAAAAAGAGUUCAUUCCAUCUUCGUGCUACGUCUCUUUAAUGACUGUUUUGCGAUGACACUGCUACAUGCUGCGCUGGCAUCUCUUCUUUAUCAAAGAUGGCAUCUGGCAUUGAUUAUUUUCAGUGGUGCUGUGUCAAUCAAGAUGAAUGUGCUCCUUUAUGCUCCACCACUAUUUCUACUCAUGUUGAAGGGCAUGAGUAUGGUUGGGGUGCUAUCGGCCUUGUCUGGUGCAGCAUUAGUGCAGAUCUUGUUGGGGUUGCCCUUUUUGUUAUCACAUCCAGUUGGAUACAUAUCAAGAGCCUUCAAUCUUGGGCGCGUCUUCAUCCACUUCUGGUCUGUUAACUUCAAGUUUGUUCCGGAAGCAGUUUUUGUCUCAAAGGCAUUUGCUACUACUUUGCUGGCUAUUCAUCUUGUACUGCUCGCAGUUUUUGCUCAUUAUAGGUGGUGCAAGCAUGAAGGGGGGCUUUUCAAUUUCUUGCGUUCUAAAUUUUCCCAUGAGAAACGUUCUUUCAAUCUUCAUCACUUCUUUAUUCACGAUUCAACCCACAAGACUCUCAGUAAAGCACAUAUUGCAACAGUUAUGUUUGCCGGGAACUUCAUUGGCAUCGUGUGUGCCCGAUCUCUGCAUUAUCAAUUCUACGUGUGGUAUUUCUACAGUCUGCCGUUUCUUUUGUGGAAGACGCCAUUUCCUACCCCGAUACGACUACUACUGUUUGGGGGGGUGGAAUUUUGCUGGAAUGUCUUUCCUUCAAACUUAUAUUCAUCUUCUUUAUUAUUUUGUAUCCAUCUAGCAAUCCUGUGGGGACUCUGGAUUGCCCCAUGUGAAUACCCCUCUGCAGGUGAAAAACCACAGCUAACAAAGGAGGAAUGACCUCUCUCUAGAUCAUAUACAUCAUAAUGAGGAAUUAUAGGAUCCUUGAUUGAGAUAGGCGUAGCAUACUCAGGUUUUGAAUCUUUACAAGUGGGACGCAUGGCUAAGUGAUCAAAGACCGUUGGCCUGUUCGGCCUUAAUGUGGAUGGUAAAUCUCCUCAAUAGGAUCGUAUAUAUUGUUUCAAUUCAUGGGCUUCAAAUAGAGGGUCCAGAAAAUAAAAUACUGAAAGGGCCUGCAUUCGAAGGGAAAAUAAAAGGUCCAAUGUUGAAUUUUUGGGUAUGGUGCAUCCACAGGCUCAUGUCCCAAUCAACUUUAAUUAUCAAUGAACUUUGGGUCCCACCUCUACAUUGAGUACACUGGAUACCCUUGGUGGCGGAUCAUAUGGUCUCUCUAUCAUCAGCAUGACGAUUGGCUAACGUCAUUCCAUGUAGCUGUUUAAGCAUGUAACCUUCCUCUUACAUUUUUUCCCCUUUUAAUCAGUGCUGUUAAAAUGACUGAAAUCUUGUAAUCUCUGAUUGGUGUGGUUUUUGAACUGUGGGCCACUUAUGGAAGGGCCCACUAGAUGGUUGGAACUGAUUCGCAUAUAACCCUGCCAUGUUUACAGUGGAGGGGGUUUUGUCUA